CUAAUAAGCAUUAAGCUUCUACCAUCGUUCCCCGGAUACGAAAAACCAUACGGCGUAGCAGAGGAGCCAUUCUAAUGUUCGAUUUCCAUCUUUGAACGGUCUUCUCACUGGAAGUCGGUGUCUAUCUAGACGCCGUUUACUUUUUUCUUCUCCAGCGUUGAAGCGGGAUCUCGCACCGCUUUUCUCUAAAGGGUGAGCUUUGCUAUCCAGAGGAGCUGCGGCUAGGUAAUGGCGAACGGUGCGGCAUGUGCGGAGAGAGCGACGAGCGACAUGCUAAUUGGCCCUGAUUGGGCGAUAAAUAUUGAGUUGUGCGACAUUAUAAACGCGGAUCCGGGACAAGCAAAGGAUGUUCUUAAGGUGCUCAAGAAGCGGUUGGGAAACAAGAAUCCAAAAAUACAACUUCUUUCCCUUUUUGUGUUAGAGACUUUGAGCAAAAAUUGUGGGGAUAGUGUUCACGGGCAAAUCAUUGAACGAGAUAUCUUACAUGACAUGGUUAAAAUUGUGAAGAAAAAGCCAGACUUGACUGUAAGAGAGAAGAUACUGGUUCUCAUUGAUGCAUGGCAAGAUGCUUUUGGAGGUGCUGCAGGGAGAUAUCCUCAGUACCAUUCUGCAUAUCGAGAAUUGAGGGCUGCUGGAGUAGAAUUUCCCCCUCGAACAGAAAGUACAGCCCCUCUGUUUACCCCUCCACAAGCACAUCCUAUAGAGCCUCAUCCUGUUGAAGCAACUUAUGAUGCUGCUUUACAGGCUUCUCUUCAAUCUGAUGUUUCUGCCUUAAGCGUGGAUGAGAUUCAAAAUGCUCGAGGCAUAGCUGAUGUGCUAUCAGAGAUGCUUAAUGCAUUGGAUAUUCAAAGUUCAGAGAAUGUCAACCAAGAAGUUAUUGUUGAUCUUGUAGAGCAAUGUCAUAGCUAUCAGAAUCGAGUCAUGCUCCUUAUUAAUAACACUGGAGAUGAAGGACUUCUGUUCCAGGCCCUUGCACUAAAUGAUGACCUGCAGAAAGUACUACAACGUCAUGAUGACAUUGCUAAAGGGACUCCUAUUAAGAAUAACAGUACAGGAGGAGUUUCUGUUGCGUCUGUAAGAGCUCCAGUUGCCCCUGUUGCGCCUCUUGUUAGUCUUAAUCAUGAGGAUGACGAGGCAGAGGAUGAGUUUUCUCAGCUGUCACGCAGGAGCGCAAGAGAGAAUGCAGUUGGGAAAAAGAAGUCUUCUAAUGUUAAGGCUGAACAGACUUACUCAAGUCCAAUUCUUCCUCCACCACCACCUCCAUCACUAUCAGCUAAGAUGCCAGCUUCCCAUGAUUCCUUUCCAGUUGAUUAUCUCAGUGGCGAUUCCUACGAAGGAAAAAAACGAUCAGAAGCUCAUUUCAAACCACCUUCUCCUCCGUCUGUCACUGACUACCCCCCUCCCUCUUCAGGAACCGACUAUGCUUCAUCUUCAAUUUUUUCCCCUCCGCCUAAAUAUGAUGAGCCCAAAUAUGAAGAUGAGCCUAUUCUGAACACAAAGUCGAAUGAAGAUCUUCCAAAGGCUCCUUGGGAAACCCAGCCAGCCAAUUUUCUGCCACCCCCGCCUUCAAGACAUAGCCAAAGGCAGCAGUUUUUUGAGCAGCAACACCAUCGGUCAUCUUCAUCUGAGUCAGAAUCUUUCAAUGGAUUUGCAACAAAGACAGAGGAUUUCUCUUUCAAUCAGCAGAAGUUGCCACAGCAUUCGAGCGCACAAGACUCCUCAAUACCAACACGGCAAACCAAACCUGAGGAUGCUCUAUUCAAAGACCUGGUCGAUUUUGCCAAGGCAAAGUCAUCAACAACCAGGCCGCCCGGUAGCCAGAGGACACGCUGAGAGGUUUGCUACAGGUUCUUUCAUAUUCCAUGGAUUGUAAAGCAUUAGAGAAAAGUAUUUGGUGCAGAUUAGGUAUAUCAUAAUGUCACUUUUUAUGUGCACAUCUUAUGAUAUAUAUGUUUCGUACAUUGCAAGUUAUUGUCGAGUUCAUGGUUUCUGGACCUUCCUAAAUUGUAUAUUUGCUACAACAGAGUCGACAUACCAUCAGUCUUUGGAUGUCAGAAAUUUGAGUUCGAGGAAAUUAAGAAAUGUUUAAAAAGUUUGUCAAUUGCUACAGAUUAUGAUUAAAACACAGAUUAUUUGAAUUAAAAACCUGCUGCUUUUUACUA